UCUAUAUAUCACAUACCCAUUUCUUGCUCGUCUCUGAAAACUCAGAAGAUCGGAGUUACAUGCAUAGCAUGGCACGCAUGCAUUUCCCACUUCCUAGCAGGCCCUUCUUGUUGCUCCCGCACUUGUUCCUGCUGCUGGCGGCCACCGUGUGCGGAGCCAAAGUCCCCGCAAUCAUCGUGUUCGGGGACUCGUCCGUCGAUGCCGGGAACAACAACGCGAUCUCCACCUUCCUGAAGAGCAACUUCCGGCCGUACGGCCGGGACUUCAUCGGCGGCCAGCCCACGGGGCGGUUCUCCAACGGCCGGGUCCCGACAGACUUCAUCUCGGAGGCGUUCGGGCUCAAGCCGACCGUGCCGGCCUACCUGGACCCGAUGUACAGCAUCAAGGACUUCGCCACCGGAGUCUGCUUCGCUUCCGCCGGGACUGGGUACGACAAUGCCACCUCCAAUGUCCUAAACGUGAUCCCCAUGUGGAAAGAGAUGGAGUACUACAAGGAAUACCAGCAGAAGCUCCGGUCGUACCUCGGCGACGACAAGGCCAACUUCAUCCUCUCCGAGGCGCUCUACGUGGUCAGCCUCGGCACCAACGACUUCCUCGAGAACUACUACUCUUCCGUUCCCGGCGGCCGGCGGUCCCAGUUCACGGUGCGGCAGUACGAGGACUUCCUCGUCGAGCUUGCCGCCGGCCAGAUAACAGAGCUGCACCGCCUCGGCGUCCGGAAGGUGUCGCUGACGGGGCUACCCCCGAUGGGGUGCUUGCCGCUGGAGAGGACGACCAACUUCUUCGGGUUUAAUGAGUGUGUGCAGGAGUACAACAACGUGGCAGUGGAGUUCAACGGCAAGCUGAGGAAGGCGGUGAACAGGAUGAACCGGCAGCUCCCCGGGCUGCGGAUGGUGCUGUCAGAUCCCUACGAGCUGUUCCUUGAGAUCAUCAGGAAGCCCUCUUCCUUCGGGUUCAACGUUGCGCAAAGGGCGUGUUGCGCGACCGGAUUGUACGAGAUGAGCUACAUGUGCAAUCAACAGAACUUGUUCACGUGCACAGACGCUAGUAAGUACGUGUUCUGGGAUUCCUUCCACCCGACGGAGAAGACGAACCAGAUACUCGCGGGGUAUCUGACCAAGGAGGUUCUCCUACCUGCGUUUUCUUGAUCGAGUGUACGAUGAAUACAUGUGAUGUGUGACUCAUAAAUAGACCCUCCGCUUGUCCGGCUAUUUGGUGCCGUUCCCAUGUGCAAAUCGCGAUUGUCAGUGUCAAAAAUCGUAUGGAAAAAUCAUAGUCGGAUCGAACGUGAUGAACAAUAUAAUGUAUGGAGCUCGAAUAACUUCCAUGCGAUGAAACUAUUGAUUGAUUUGCUUUA